GCUUUGAUGAGUGCAUGCUCCAUGGUGCAGAUCAGGCGGACUGUUGCCUUCGAGUGCGGCACUGCAAAUGCGCCUCGCAUCCGGCAGACGCCACGGGUUGCAACCUAGGCGUUUCCAUCGAGUGCGCCACCUGCCUGAUCCUGAUUCCCACGCUGAUCCUCCGGGACUCUGGGUGGCGUGGGAUCUUUGCCUACACGCUGCGCUACCUGCAGCAGCUCAGCAUUGACCGGCUGGGCCUUGUCCUGCCGCGACUGCCCGUGGACUUGCUUUG